AUGUCGAAUAAUAAGACCAACUCCCUCAGAUGCCCGCAUUGUCGACAAAGUAGAGGACAAUUACCGCAAGGGGAUGACAUUAUUUUCUGCGUGAAUUGCGAAAAUGCUUAUCUGGAAGACCAAGGCGAGAGCUUAUCUUCUCUGCCACAAACAGACGAUGAAUUCUUGCCAUCCCAGGGAUCAGAUGAAGAAGUUGACGAAAAGCCAGAGGAAUCAGACAAAGACGAAGACGAUCAAAACGAUGCAACCGAUGAUGACAAGGACGACGAGGAUGAAUUCAUUUUACUACCACCAAGAGACGACGUAUUUGAGCCAUCGGAAGAAUCAGAUGACGACGUAGACGCAAAAUCAAAAGAAUCAGAUAGACUCAAUGUAUUUAGUGACCCAGAAGAUUCUGACACUCAUGUCAAAUCAACAGCUAGAUCGACCUCAAAAUCAAAAUCAAAGUUAAAAGAAAAGAACCCCACCAAAUCAAAGCGCAAAACCACCAAACGAAAUUCCAAGACAACUCCAAAAGUGAGCACAAAACUGCCCAGCAUCUUUAGUGAUGAUAUUUUACCCAACGCCAAACCACGAACAGAAGAUGCACCCGAAAAUGAUGAAUUGGAAUUUUCUGAUUUAUCUGACGAAGGAGGUGUCAAUGAUUACCAGUAUAUACCUGGAAGCCAACAGAGCAAAGUACGAAAGAGAAGGCGAGUCAGAAAACAAACUAGCACAAGCGAAUCCGAUACUGACGAUGAGGAGGAGGAAGAAAUCAUUACGGUAUUCAAGAGGGGCAGCAAAGAUUCACAUGCCACAAGAGAAUAUGCCAGGAAUAAUUUCAAGACAGCCAUGCCACUCAAGCAGUAUAGUACGUUUGCGCAGUUCAACAAGGUGAUGCGAGGCAAGCUAGCGAAAGAGCACAAGAAAGCUAUCGACUCCAGUGGCGAGCCUCAAAAGCAACUCAGUCGAUUGGUAGCUGACGCAUGGAAAGCAAUGCCAAAGACAGAGAAGGACAAAUUCAAGCAAAAACUGAACGAUGAAAAGGUACAUAUAAGCAGCGUAGCCCGACAAAAACCCUCAAGACCUAGUGGCAAUGGGUACAUUCUAUACUCAAAGAUCAAACUACCAGAGGUGAAAGCAGAAUAUCCGCAAAUAAAGACAAUCAGAGACCUCAGUGCUAUUGUGAGUAAGCAUUGGAAAGAGCUAGAUGACGAUGCAAGAGAGGGCUACAAGGCAAAAGCCAAACAAGAACGAGAGGAUUGGAUAAAGGCAAACCCUGAACAACAUCAGCAAUACAUGGACAAAAUGACAAGCAGAAUUAGAGCAACGAAAAAAGCGCGCCGGGAUAAGAAACAAGGCGCCUAA